CUCUAAGGCCGGGCGCUCAAUCUCUCCUUAAGAUGGCGGCGGUGUCCUCGGCGGCUGCAUUGCGUGGGACCGACUAUGAAAACGGGCUUCGUGGUGGGCCUGGCUCAGGUGGUGGCGGCGAAGAUGUUGGCGAUGACGAAACCAUGGGGCGAGGCGGGCUAGAUCUCGACCUGGAGUUGUUGGGCCCGGGCAGAAGAAUUCGACGGAUAGGGGGCAGAAUAGCGACAGGGAGGAGAUCCGGCGGACGGGGGAGCACGGAGAGCGGAGGCGCGGGCGUCCUGGAGGAGAUGGAGGAAGAGGAGAUGGAGGAGGAAGAGCCCGGAGAGCUCGGCCCGGACCCCGCCAUUGAGGACCCGGAGCUGGAGGCGAUCAAAGCCCGUGUCCGAGAAAUGGAAGAGGAGGCUGUCAAGCUAAAAGAGCUGCAGAAUGAGGUGGAGAAACAGAUGAACAUGAGCCCACCGCCUGGCAAUGCUGGUCCAGUUAUUAUGUCCUUAGAAGAGAAGAUGGAAGCUGACGCUCGAUCGAUUUACGUAGGGAAUGUUGAUUAUGGGGCAACAGCCGAGGAACUCGAAGCACACUUCCAUGGUUGUGGCUCUGUGAACAGGGUAACCAUUCUUUGUGACAAGUUCACUGGUCACCCUAAAGGGUUUGCCUACAUUGAAUUCUCCGAUAAAGAAUCAGUCCGGACAUCCAUGGCAUUAGACGAGUCCUUGUUCAGAGGUCGACAGAUAAAAGUGGUUCCAAAAAGGACUAACAGACCUGGUAUAAGCACAACAGACAGAGGCUAUCCACGGGCAAGAUUCAGGGCUAGAGCGGCGUCCUAUAGUUCUCGUUCCAGGUUCUACAGUGGCUACACAGCGAGGCCCAGAGGACGCGUGUACAGGGGACGAGCUCGAGUGACGUCAUGGUAUUCUCCUUACUAAAAAUAUAUCUUUAGGAAGACCUGAGAGGCAAAAAACACAAAAAAAAAAGAAAAAAAGAAGACUGGAAUGAUUUCUUAAGAGAAUUAAUAACAUGAGGUCCCCUGUGGACCAUCCUUUUCUCAUUUGCUCCCAUGCCCCAUGUAGAGGCUACAAACACAAAAGAUGGGUUUGGUAGGCCAGGUUCCUGAAGCUUGAUGUAUUUUAGAGAAUGUAGGUGAUCAGUCCUUAUUCUCAGUGUAUGACUUGUCCCUGGGUUACACGGGGGGUCUGAUUGUUCCAUGUUGGGGGAGUUAACGGGCUAUAACAAAUGCACAAGUGGAAUGGUUCCCAGUGUAAUGUUAGCUAUGGGGAGGGAGGGUGAUGUCUGCUUAAACAUCCUGCUGUUUUCUUUUUUUUUUUUUGCGUGUUUUUAUCUUUGCAGGUUUCUUUCUGUGGGAGAAGCUUGUUUCCCGGAGAGACUCAGCUGCCCCCUCACACCAGCCUUUUCUUUAGUUUUAUUCUAGCUCAGAUUCCUGCAAACUGUUGAAGAAACAAGCUGGGCGUCUUUUGUGUUUUAGAAUGGUCUUUCUCAUUUUAUUUUUUUUCUUAUUUUAUUUUUUGAGAUUUUUUUUUUUUUUAUAUCUAGUGGCAGGCAGGGAAAGGAGAAAAAUAAAAAAAAGAUGGUAAAAUGGA